AAAUUGUCUUCAAAUUAGAGAGUAGCUACAAAAUUUGUGGAUCAAUGGAUAUAACCAAAGUUGUAAAUAAAAAUAGGAAAGAAUGCCAUUUUGAUCAUAAUAAUACCCAACAACAACCACCACCAAAAAAGCAAGUUAGAAGAAGACUUCAUAGCAAUAAGCCUUAUAAAGAAAGGCUUAUGAAUAUGGCUGAAGCUAGAAGAGAAAUAGCUACUGCCCUUAAGUUCCAUAGAGCUUCAAUGAAGCAACAACAAGCAACAACUUCUAAUCAUGACUUCCAAGCACACCAACAUUCCUCCACUUCCACAACCAAUUACUUAGGGACUAAUUAUCCAUUUCCUAACCAUUGGCCUAUUUCAACAAAUGUCCCUCUACCACCACCAUUACCACUAAUGAAUCAUGACAAUCCAGAUUUGGUACUCCCUAAUCAAACCUUGGGGUUGAAUCUCAAUUUUCAAGAUUUCAACAACUUAAGUACAAGAAUUUACCAUACACCGAUGUCAGUUUGCUCCUCCUCCUCCUCUCCAUCGACUUCCUCUUCUGUUUUGAAGGAAGUCGCAAUAAGAGGAGGAGGAGGAUCAGAAAUGCACCAUGCUAUUAAAAAAGAGGUAAUAAUGGAAAAUGGAACAAAAAAGCAAAGAAAAGUUGCUAGUUCUCAUAUAGAUGAUGAUGAUAAUAUUAGUGAAGGUAACUAUGAUCAUCCUUUUGAGCAAGUUAUGGAAUUCCCACCAUGGUUAAUUAAUACAAAUGAAAGUUCUUGCUAUCAAGACCUCUUUGAUCACCAUCUUUCUCAUCAAUACUCACCAGAUCCUGCUUUGCCUUGCAUGGACAUAGGUGAAAUUGAAGGGAUGGAUGGGGAGUGGCUAGCAUGAAAAAAGAUUUUGAUUGUUAUUUUGGGUGAUCACUGAAUACUGAUCAAUGUAUGAUUAUAUAUUCUUUUUAGCAUUUAUCAUAUUUCUUAGUUUUUAUCA